AUUUCAACAUGAGAAAAGUAGGCCAGUCUUGCUAGUUGCUAAGGUAGUGCACACACAGCCUACUUUCCCUUCUUGCUGUCAUUACUGGAAAAACACAAGCUUAAAAUGUACUGAUGGGUAUCUCAUUAGACUCAUGAAAGGAUCACCCCAGUCUUCAUUGCCCCCAGACAGCCAGUGUCCAAGAGGUCACCCAGUGAUUUUUCUCUUCUCUGUUCAACGUUAUUAUUCCGUUUCCUCCCUGUGAGCGGAAAGACCAAAAUAACCCUGCUGAAAUAUAUGGAUCUCCUGGGGCAAGGCAUUUGUGUUGCAGCAAGUGGAAAACAAGUGCACCACUCGCGGAAUGGGACACUGUGAGAUACAAAGUUUCACGGCCUCGUGGGGAAUGAAUGUAAGGCCCACAGUUGACGAUUGAUGACCUCCCCUGAUCUAAACUCUCCAAUCGGGCAAGGAAAAACUUAAAACCCCAUUUGGGGAAAAAGGAAAAAACCUCGAGAAGGUACCGCAGAUGGAGGGAUCCCCUUUCAGAAUGACCAGGCUGCAAUGGAUGCCAAGUAGGCAACAUUUAUCACAUACUGCACACCAGCGAGCUGAAUGAUGGGUAUGACUGGGGACGGUUAAAUCUUCAGUCAGUGACUGAACAGACUUCCAUGGAUGACUUUUUGGCUACUGCGGAACUAGCUGGAACAGAGUUUGUAGCUGAGAAACUCAACAUCAAGUUUGUACCAGCAGAAGAUAGAGCAGGUUUAUUGACAGUUGAGGAGAAAAAGAGGCUGAAGAACCUUCAUGAAGACAACAAGCAUUUUCUCAGAAUCCCUCGACGCCCUCAAUGGGAUGAAAGCACCAGCCCAGAGGCCCUGCAGCUGGCAGAAAAGGACAGCUUCCUCGAGUGGAGGAGAGAGCUUGCACAGCUGGAAGAAGAACAGAAGUUGUGUCUCACUCCAUUUGAGAGGAAUCUGGAGUUCUGGAGGCAGCUGUGGAGAGUCAUUGAGAGGAGUGACGUUGUUGUUCAGAUCGUGGAUGCCAGAAAUCCGUCAUUGUUCAGAUGUCCUGACCUGGAGCUGUAUGUAAAAGAGGUGUCAGAGAAUAAGGUGAACAUGCUGCUGGUGAAUAAGGCAGACCUGCUAACCAGGGAGCAGAGGCGAGCCUGGGCCUCACACUUUGAGAAAGAAGGCCUGAGAGCGGUUUUCUGGUCGGCCCUUGCUGAAAGUGACAGGUUGGACGCAGAGGAAAAGGGCAUAGAGGUGGAGCAACCAGAAUCCGGCGAGAGUGACCAGGAAGUUGGAGCACAGCCAGACAAUGAAAAUUUGAGCUUGAAGGGUGUGGAUUGCAAGGAUGAGGAGGGAGAGGAGAGCGAUAACAGGGAGGAGCUGCGGGAAAAGAUAACUGUUGAGGAGGAGGAGUGGCUAACCGCUUCUGAAGAUGAGGGGCAGGAAGAGGAGGAUAUUGUUGGGAAAUCGAAUCAGACCCCCUUCCGUAAUUCUGCUCGCCUGUUGCACAAAGACAAGUUGUUGGAGAUGUUCAAGAUGGUUCACAAUAGACCCAGAUGUAAAGACGGACAACUGACAAUCGGGCUGGUUGGUUAUCCUAAUGUGGGGAAGAGUUCAACUAUCAACACCAUUCUAAGAAACAAAAAAGUGUCAGUAUCUGCAACUCCUGGACACACAAAACACUUUCAGACUUUGUUUGUGGAGCCAGGGCUGUGCCUGUGUGACUGCCCUGGUCUGGUUAUGCCCUCCUUUGUCUCCACCAAAGCUGAUAUGAUCUGCUCUGGGAUCCUCCCAAUUGACCAGAUGAGAGACCACGUACCAGCAGUCUCUCUCGUCUGCCAAACAAUCCCUCGGCAUGUAUUUGAGGGCACGUAUGGCAUCAACAUCAUCAGGCCACGAGAGGAUGAAGACCCCGACAGACACUCCACUUCGGAGGAACUGCUUAUGGCAUAUGGAUACAUGAGGGGCUUUAUGACAUCGCAUGGCCAGCCUGAUCAGCCCAGAUCUGCUCGCUACAUCCUGAAGGAUUACGUCAAUGGAAAACUUUUGUACUGCCAUCCUCCUCCUCACAUAGAGGCUGAGGACUUCCAGCCACAGCACAGUAAAUUCCAAAGAAACGAUCUGGACAACUGUGACCUCACUUCAACAAGUAACAAAGGAAAAGUCAAGAGAAUUGAAAAUACAGUGGACAAGAACUUCUUUCAUGCGGAGAACGUACGAGCGCUCUCCAAAGGAGUCCAGGGUGUCAUGGGCUACAAACCAGGCAGUGGAAUCGUGGCUCCUGGAAAAGCCGGAAGGGAGACCAUGGUGGGAAAACCCUGGAAGAAACACGGCAACAGGAACAAGAAGGAGAAAGUGCGUCGGCUUAACAAGCAUCUCGAUGCCUGAUCAUUAAAACGUGAAACUGAGAUUAGUCCGAACGGGAUGGAAAAACACUCAAACUGCGCUAUCAAUGAUUUAAUGGUGAACUGCAUCUGUAUGUUGUUGAAGGCCUCAGAAUCCUGGAGAUGCCUUGAUGUUAACUAAUGGCAUACGUCAUCUAUAAUGGACUGCUAUGAUUUGUAGGUCUACAUAUGGAAUAUAUUCCAUCAACUGGAUCAUCAGUCUUCAGAGCAAUAAUAUCAUGACUAAUAAUCAAAAGAUCUGAAUUUUUACUUUUACAAAAAUUUAAAGGAGGCACAAAUCUCCAUUCAACCAGUACAUCACCUCAUUUCUACUAUACAGAAUAUCUUUAUAGUUACAAUCUUUGUAUCAAUGAAUUGGAUAAAAUUAUGAAACUA